CAGAGCUGUGCUAAGGAACGUCUCCCCUCUCUCUGGAUUUUGGGUGUCCAUUUCCAGCUCUUGAUUUUUUGCUAAGACUACAGGCCCUCAGACGUGAAUCAACAUGCGGUCUGGCUGUCUCCUCUUACUCCUGGUGUCAGCCUGCUGGGCUCUGCCCUUUCGUCAGUCAGGUUUCAUGGACUUCAUGAUGGAGGAUGAUGCCGGGUCCGCUGACUUACCUGAAUCUGAAGUCCCUGUUUUAAGCCUUCCUCCACCUGCCGCUGGGCCUGUCUGCCCCUUUAAAUGCCAGUGCCACCUACGUGUGGUCCAGUGCUCUGACCUGGGGCUGAAGAGUGUUCCAGAUAAUAUCCCAGCGGACAGCAGCCUGCUGGAUCUACAGAAUAACAAGAUCACAGAGAUCAGAGAAAACGAUUUCAAAGGCCUGAAACAGCUUCAUGCUCUCAUUCUGGUCAACAAUCAGAUCACCACCAUCCAUGCCAAGGCCUUCACUCCACUGAUCAGCCUUCAGAGGCUAUACCUGUCCAAAAAUAUGCUGAAGGAAUUCCCCUCUAACAUGCCCAAGAGCCUGCAAGAGCUGCGCAUCCACGAGAAUCAGAUCACCAAGAUCAAGAAGUCUUCCUUCUCUGGCCUGGCUCACAUCAUUGUUAUGGAGAUGGGCUCCAACCCUUUCAAGAACUCAGGAAUUGAAGGAGGAUCUUUCUCUGAUCUGAAGAGGGUCUCAUACAUCCGUAUCUCAGACACUAACCUCACUGCCAUUCCUAAAGGUCUGCCCAGCUCCCUGUCUGAACUUCACUUGGAUGGGAACAAAAUCACCAAGGUGCAGGCAGACAGUCUGAAGGGCCUGAAGAACUUGGCCAAGCUGGGCCUGAGCCACAAUGAGAUCAGUGUUGUGGAGAAUGGCUCUCUGGCCAUGGUGCCUCACCUGCGUGAGCUUCACCUGGACAACAAUGCCCUCACCACUGUCCCAUCCGGUCUACCUGAGCACAAAUACAUCCAGGUGAUCUAUCUCCAUAACAACAAGAUUGCUGCCGUGGGAACAGAAGACUUCUGCCCUCCUGGCUUCAACACAAAGAAGGCCAUGUACUCCGGCAUUAGCCUGUUCAGCAACCCCGUCCCCUACUGGGAAGUUCAGCCGAUCACUUUCCGUUGUGUCUUCGACCGUUCUGCCAUCCAACUGGGCAACUACAGGAAGAAGUAGAGUGAUUGAAUAGAGUAGCCAAUCACGGCGCCCCACUUCACUGUUUUGAACCUGUCCCUUUUGUGUCUGGCCCAGUUGACUUCAACAGCACCUCAAGCACAUGAUGAAAUCCUCACAUUACAUAACUCAAAUGACUUUUUAUCGAAACCCAAUUUAUGAAAAGAACAGAGCUUGAAAUAUACAGUGGAAGUCAUCCAUUAUAAGUAACAUCAACUCAGCACUCUGUAACCUCAUUUACAAAACCAGAGUUACACCCACACAGCACUGUACUAAUGACAUACACAUCUAAUGCAAAUAAUCAAAAUAUUUCAAAAUGUGAGAACUUUAUGGUCUGCACGAGUCAUAGAAUAACAAUAAUCAUUCAAUUCUUUAUCUCACAUCUGGAUUAUUCUCUCUUUGUGUACACAUCAUUGUUGUGUUACUGGAAUCUUAUUUUUGUUGUGGGGGGAAAAAAUUGGGAGA